AUGAUUCUUACCACACCAGGCUUUGACACUGUAGCUAGGUUCAAUGAAUUGCCAGGUCUUUGGGAGUCUAAUGAAGCAAAAAACAAACGAGUUACUGAAGAAACUUUUAAAACUUUAGGAGAACUGUUUGUGAACUACCAUGUUGAAAACGUUUUUGGUCUUACCCUUUUGCAUAUCCAUUUUUUGCUUGAAAAGGGGGAAAUUCUACUUGAAACCGGUUCAUUGUCUGAUAAUCAACAAAAGGUCAUUAGCCAACCGGUCAAAGUUGAUGACUUGGUUUCUUCUGUUCAAGGAUCUAAUUGGAGAAUUACUCCGGAUAACUUAUAUGUACCCUACGAGUUCAGACUUGAAAAUGAAAAUAAGAAAGUAGACUUUUCCUCUUCCGAAAUCCAGUCGUUUCUCAACGUAUUUUCAAGAAAGUUAAAUGAACUUAAUUUAACCGAUAUUUUUGGUAUAUGCACUAUUGAAAAGGAUAAUUCACUUCCUGGCAUUGAAAAUACUGAGGGAAGAAAGAAUAUUACAGUUCCGCUUACUGAUUCUGUUAAACCUGGUGACCAAAUUGAAGCAGUUUGGAAUUUUGUGCCUGGUCUUGAUAAUGAAGGGAAAAAAUUGGUUACCCGAGGAUGCUCCAGAUCAUGCUAUUCAACCUUACAAGGAGAUCAUAAUGCAUAUCACACUAGAUCGUAA